UCCGAAGGUACUCAUCUGAAAAAAGGGAACAAAGUGAUUGUUCCUGUUCUCUUUCUUAAGUCACUUUAAACACUGUCCCUGCAUGAUCCUGAAGUAAACUGCAGAGCGUGGGACGGGGAGCAGGAGAAGUGUAAGCAGAGAAGAUACAGAUAGAACUGUUCCUCCUGGGCAUACUUUGGAUGAUGCAGGCACAUGUAUAUCGAUCAGAAAGUGAGGAUUCAAGGCAAAAAACUGAAGUAAAGAAGCCCACCUUCUAUUCACACUCCCAACAGCCUGAAAAUGCAAAGUACAGCGGUGUGGCUGCGCCGUAUGGCGAGGAAUACACAACACCCUCCCCACACUACCAAUACAGACGGCACACAGAAAAUGUGCAUGAAUUUAUGGAGGAGCUAGAAAGAAGCCCCAGGAAAAGAAAGAGCUUUCCCAGCAAGAUGUCCAGCACAGGGGAGAAGGCCGAUUCAAUAAUGGAAGAAGACAAGAAUUUUUUGCAGUCAACAUUUCCUUUAUUGUAUCCAUUUUCUCACUUUCCCAGUUUUAAUACAAAGACAAUUGACUUGUGCAACCUUGGCCUCCAAUACUAUAGAACACUGGACCAUUUAUGGGUCAGACCCAUAAAGCAAGAACCAGUCAUGACAAAUGUAAUGUGGCCAAAUGGAUCUCUAUAUUUACAUUCUUCCUACCCUUAUUACCAAAAAAGUUAUCCCGGUACAAUGUUUCCAUAUCAUAUGGCACCACAGAGCAUCCACUCCAGUAACCAUUUUGGCAAUAAAAGGCCAGAGGAAGACCCAAUGCAUAAAUCUAGAAUUAGCGACAGUGAGGAUCAUAAACAAAAGGUGGAACGAGUAGAUGUAAACAUUCAAAUUGAUGACAGCUUUUAUGUGGAUAUAGGUGAUCAAAAACGUUGGAAGUGCCCGAUGUGUGAUAAGUCAUACACCUCAAAGUACAACUUGGUAACCCAUAUUUUAGGGCACAGUGGCAUCAAACCCCAUGCUUGCACACGUUGUGGGAAACUGUUUAAACAACUGAGUCAUUUGCACACUCAUAUGUUGACACACCAAGGAGCACGACCCCACAAGUGCCCUGUUUGUCACAAGGCCUUCACCCAAACCAGCCAUCUAAAGCGACACAUGAUGCAGCACAGCCAAGUGAAACCUUACAGCUGCAGAAUAUGCGGCCGGGGAUUCGCUUAUCCCAGUGAGCUUAAAGUGCAUGAAACAAAACAUGAAAGUGGGCGAGAAAAUAUCUGUGUUGAGUGUGGACUAGAUUUUCCCACCCUGGCCCAGCUGAAAAGACAUUUGACAGCCCAUCGGGGGCCUGUGCUGUACAAUUGCAGUGAGUGUGAUAAAACAUUCCAGUACCCCAGUCAGCUGCAGAAUCAUAUGAUGAAGCACAAAGACAUUCGGCCCCAUAUCUGCUCCGAGUGCGGGAUGGAAUUUGUGCAGCCCCAUCAUCUGAAACAGCAUUCUCUAACUCACAAGGGAGUGAAGGAGCACAAAUGUGGAAUUUGUGGGCGAGAAUUCACUCUGUUGGCCAAUAUGAAGAGGCACGUUCUGAUCCACACGAAUAUCAGAGCCUAUCAGUGUCACCUCUGCUUUAAAAGUUUUGUCCAGAAGCAGACGCUUAAAGCUCACAUGAUUGUCCAUUCUGACGUGAAGCCAUUCAAGUGCAAGCUCUGUGGGAAGGAGUUUAAUCGUAUGCACAAUUUAUUGGGGCACAUGCACCUACACUCCGACAGCAAACCCUUCAAAUGCAUCUACUGUCCCAGCAAGUUCACACUGAAGGGAAACCUCACAAGGCACCUGAAAGUGAAACAUGGUGUUACUGAGAGGGGGUUCCAUUCUCGAGGGACAGGGAGAGGAAGAACAAACCUAUUCCGCUCUAUAGUCCUGCGUAGCAUGGAACAGAAAGAGCCCUAUGACCUCUCUAAGAAGAGGCGAUUAAAGGAAACCUUGCGCCUUUCUGAUGGAGAAAGUGUAAAGAGCAGCUCUUCUCAAGAUGAUAAAGAUGAGUCGAUCCACAAUACAGAAAUAUACGAACAGGACAUUAGAUACCCAACAGAAGGGCACCAUGGUCACUCUCCAAAUGCCCUGAGGAAGCUGGAAGCUGCUACGCACAGACGAAAGGAUGAAGACAGGGUCAGUCAGCGAAUGGGAGAUGCACAUAAAGAACUUAGCUUGGCAGACAGGCAUUGUGAACUGUCUGCUUCCAAGUAUUCAUAUUAUCACAAUAAUUCAAAUGCAGAUGAAAUGUUAAAGGAAGAGCUGAAAUGGACCCCCGACCAACAUAACAAAGACCAUGAUCAUUCAAGGAUGUGAAUUUAUAUAAUGAUAAAUCAGCAAACUCAUAAAAUACAAUUCAGAAUGAUGCAUAGUUCAAUUUUGGAAAUAUUGUUUUUAGAUUUUAGAGUUAUGCAGUGAAAAAAACUGUCCAAAUGCUCCAGAUUAGUGUAAGGGCUACACUGCUCGCCCAAGCCUUCGGCCUCUCUUCUCCUUUGUAAUGGGUUUGGGUUUCACUGCUUCAUUGCUUUCAGCCUAAAGCUUUGGUUUGAGCCACAGCAGAGAAUCAUAUUCAUUUAAUAUAAAGCAUAAAAGCCACACUUUGCACUGAAGCCUCAUCACAUGCAGGUGCAUUAAAGGCCAGUAUAGUCUGUCUUCUCCAAUACAGAACAUUCCAGAUGUAUAUGGCUUUAAAUAACUGCUACUGAGCUUUUUGUGGAAUAUAAUGUUUUUGAUUACAAACCCAGUUAAUAGGAUUGUUUUGUUUUUACACAUUUCUGGAUAUGCUCAAGCAGCUCAUGUGUUUGCUUUACAAGUUUUGUUUGUUGCUCACAGAUACAAUAAAGGUAUAGAAUCUAUUGUCCAUAAAAUCUUGGGAACCGAGGUUCACCAUA